AUGAGUAAUUUUUAAAGCUUUAACUCCGCUGGUUCUGUUUCAAGCUUUUCCUCUCUUUAAAGUCCCUAGGACACCAUAAGAUAUUUAGAAUAAAGCCUAAAUGAAAUCCAUUACUAAAUAGAUUUUAAUAGAUAAUAAAUGUAUAAUCUAAUUGGAUUUAAAGGUAUAAUUGUAACUUAAUCUACUAUCAACAAAGAUAUGAUGACUAUUGAAAAAUAAUUUAACAUUAUAACCUCAAGGAUGAAUUAAUCUUUUUCCAUAUGCCUAAAGGAAAAAUUAAGAAUUUAUUAUGAUAAAAUUUUAGAACAAAAAAAUUUAUUUAAUAAAAGAAUGAAUUAAAUAAGAUAACAUAAUAUUUGUAGCCCAAUGAUAGUAAAAUACGCAUUGGCCAUAGAAAAAUAUUUUGAAAUUAAAAGUGAGCCUUUAGUUAACUAAGACGAAGACGAUUUUGAUAGCUUAGAAAUUCCUUCCGAACUCUACUGA